UCCUGGUUCGAGAAGUUACGCAGGACGUGCAGCGGUUCAAAGAGGAAGGAAGAUGGCGGAUAACAAAGGCGAGGAGGAUAUGGAACCGUCUGUUAAUUCGGACUCAGUGCCUUCAGCGCAGGAAAACGAGCAGCCAGAGACGGCGGUCGACAAUGCGGUGAUAGUUAUAGAGGCAAAUUCAAAGGGCGGCGACGAAACGGAGACCCACGAUAACACUACCGAGACACCGACACCCACCAGCGACGGAGGGAGCGUGAGCGGCGGCGGGGCUGCUGCUGUUGCUGCUGCGGGCUCGGGAGGGGAAGCCAACGGGAGCGCUAGUGACGCCCUGAGCCCGGCUGAAACCAGUAGUACCAAUGCAGAACCACCGGCAGCUGAAACAGUGCCCGCCGGGGAUGCUCCUGCUGCUGGACUCUCUACAGAAAUGUCCCCCCCUCCUACGGCACCAGCAGCCACACCGGUACCAGCUCCCAUUAAUUUACUGGAUACGUGCGCAAAGUGUAAACAAAGUCUUCAGAGCCGGGACUGUGAACCAAAACUUCUGCCUUGUCUGCACUCUUUCUGCCUGAAAUGUAUCCCGCAACCAAACAGACAGAUCAGCCUGCCAGUGACUGGACCUCACGGACAAGCCGAAACACACAUAGUCAACGUCAUGCGCUGUUUUGUGUGCCACAAAGAAUACAAACAGAUCGACAUCAUCGACAACUACUUUGUGAAAGACACCACAGAGGCCAGCAGCACGUCUGAUGAAAAGGCUGCACAGACGUGCACGAGCUGUGAGGACAAUGCGGGAACCAUUGGCUUCUGUGUGGAGUGUGGAGAAUGGCUGUGUAAGACCUGCGUGGAGGCCCACCAGAGGGUCAAAAUCACCAAGGACCACAAGAUUCACACAAAGGAGGAUGCUGAUGCUGCCUCUGAAUCCAUCGGCACAUCAGGACAGAGGCCUGUUUUCUGUCCCGUCCACAAGCAGGAGCCACUGAAGCUUUUCUGUGAGACCUGUGACACCUUGACCUGUAGGGACUGCCAGCUGCUGGAGCACAAGGACCACAGGUACCAGUUCCUGGAGGAGGCUUUCCAGAACCACAAAGGCAUCAUUGGGGCCAAAAUGGCUAAACUACAGGAAAAAAAUAACUAUGUUCAUUGUUCUGUCUCUCAGUUGCAGAGCAGGUUAAAAGAGCUGAGCGAGACACACAGGAAGGUGGAGCAUGAGAUCAAAAUCGCAGUAUUUACUCUCAUUAAUGAGAUCAACAAGAAGGGCAAGUCCCUGCUGCAGCAGCUGGAGAGUGUGACCAAUGAGCGCAGCAUGAGGCUCAGGGCUCAGCACGGAGAGACCGCCCUACUGGCCCAACAGAUAAGCCAUGUGCUCAAGUUCUGCCAGUGGGCUAUCACAACAGGGAGCAGCACCGCGCUGCUCUACAGCAAGAGGCUGAUCCUGUUCCAGCUUCAUCAGCUAUCUGAGGCUAGACUGGAGCCAGCGCCCCAGGCCAAUGGUGUUGUGCGCUUCUUCUGUGACCCAACCUUCUGGGCCAAAAACGUAGUGAAUCUAGGUAAUUUGGUAAUAGAGAAACGACCGGCGCAGCCACCCAAUGUGAUGGUAGGAGGGCCGCCCAUUUCUCCAGGUCAGGGUCACCCGGGCAAACACCCAGGACAGAUAAACCUAGCUCAGCUCCGGCUGCAGCACAUGCAGCAGGCAGCCUAUGCACAACAGAAGCAACAGCAUCAGCAUCAGCAUCAGCAUCAGCAACAACAGCAACAGCAACAGCAGCAGCAGCAGCAGCAGCAGCAGCACCAGCAGCAGAUCCAGCAACAGAUGCGCAUCGCUUCCCAAAUGUCCCAGCAGCACGUCAGGCAGGCCGGACCCCCUAUGGCUCAGCAGCAGCCUCCGAGGCUCAUCAGCAUGCAGCAGCUACCGAGAGGGCCUGGGGGUAUGAACGGUGGGCCAGGCCCCCCGAUGUACCCUUCCUCCCACCAUAUGCGUCUCCCGGGUCCACCGCAGGGCCGAAUGCUCUCGGCUCAGCCAAGACAUAACGGACAGCAGUAUCCAUCAAUGAUGCAGCCUCAGCUACAAAGACAGCAUUCAAACCCGGGGCACGCAGGCCCUUUCCCAGUGGCAUCCCUCCAUAAUGCCAACCCCACAAGUCCCACUAGUGCCAGCAUGGCUGGUGCCCACGCCCACCGUGGUCCUGCCAGCCCCAUCAUAGGUCCUAUCGAGCUCAUCCCCUCCGUCACCAAUCCAGAGAACCUGCCCUGCCUACCUGAGAUCCCACCCAUUCAGUUGGAGGAUGCAGGUUCCAGCAGCCUUGGACACCUCCUAACCCGUUAUAUCUCAGCCAGCACUCAGCACCAGCUAGGCUCAAUGGAAAUGAACCCCUCACCUGGACUGUCAUCACACUCUUCUGGAUCUUCAGGUCUGUCGAAUGCCCACACACCAGCAAGACCUUCCAGCACAUCCAGCACAGGCAGUCGGGGCAGCUGUAGCUCUGCAGGGAGGGCGGGACCAGGAGGUGGAACAGCUGUGGAGCAGGUGAGGGUGAAGCAGGAGCCUGGUACAGAUAACAGCUACAGCUGUCCGGCUACUUCUAUGAAGACAGAGCGAGGAAAAGAUGCUGGGAGGAGCGCCUGCAUGAUGAGCAGUCCAGAGGACAGUCCUCUUUCUUUAGUGGGAUCUGUUUCAGUAGGCCAAGAUGCUCUCAGGAGCAUAGGCGAGCGCAUCAAAACAGAACCCCUAUCGGAGACUCCUUGUUUUGGACUCAACGGCUCCGGUGCUGCCACGUCCUCUCCUUCCAAUAUCACUACCUCGUUAUCCUCCGAGAACAGCAGCAGCACGGCAGAGGCUCCUCUCACCAACGGAAACAUGGACAAGGGGACAGAGACCAAAGGAGGUGGUGCAACCGCAGGAACAGGACACUCCGGUGGGAAAGAAGACGACCCCAAUGAAGACUGGUGUGCUGUCUGUAUCAACGGUGGUGACCUGCUGUGCUGUGACCGCUGUCCUAAGGUGUUCCACAUGAAAUGCCAUGUACCCACCAUCAAGAUCUUCCCAAAGGGGGAUUUCCUCUGCACGUUUUGCCGAAGUCUCAACACCCCCGAGAUAGAGUACUGUGACGACAGCAGGAAAAUCACAGGAGAGCAGAGCCUGAAUCCAGAGGACCAAAGGAAAUGUGAACGCCUCCUACUGCACAUCUACUGUCAUGAGCUCAGUGUUGGCUUCAGGGAACCUGUUCCCAGCUCUGUGCCGAACUACUACAAGAUAAUUAAGCAGCCCAUGGACCUGAAGAAGGUGAAGAAGAAGCUGCAGCUACGGAACUCGCAGUACUACCAGUCCAUCCUGGAGUUUGUGUCUGAUAUGCGCCUGGUCUUCAACAACUGUGCGAAUUACAACGAGAUGUCUCGAAUAAUCCAGGUUUAUGAUGAGGAGAAACAGAUUAAUACGCAGGUGGGAUCAGAGAUGGCGAUAUCCGGUAAGGCAGUGGGCCUUUACUUUGAGGAGAAGUUGCUGGAGAUAUUCCCGGGCCAGAUCUUCCCUGAAGCACCCGAACCCGAGUCCCCGGAGACGCAGCAGAAGGAAGACAACGACACAGACGACUCUGAGGAAGACUUCAUACAGCCAAGACGCAAACGGUUAAAAACAGAUGAGAAGGUGCUCCACAUCAAGUGAGAACAAGCCACGGAGGGAACAAGAGAAGUGAAAAACUGUCUUCCUCACGUCCCACACUUCUCAGUUGUUCAAGGCAGCGUAUAAAAGAAGGACGAGACUCGCUUGUACAAACUGCUUGGUCUAUCUUAUCCUUGCCUUCAAAAGAAUUACCGUCAACUCCAUUAGACGUCUGCCUUUCUGAGAACUCUCAAGGACAGAAACAUAGAAGAGCUGCAUCCCUCUUCAUUUCAUGGACACUCAAGAACUCGCCUGUACAGAGUUUGAAGUAGGACUUGUUUUGCUGUAGUUAAUGAUGAUUGGUUGUUUCUUUUCUAUCACCCAUUUUCAUUUGUAGAUUUGUUGUGAGUUGCUUUCUAAAACAUUUAAAUUCCCUGUUUCCAGUUCUUAAUGUAUGAUAUCUAUACUUUGACCUGAAACCGACCAAGUACAGUAUUUGUAUGAGUUUGUGGAAGCAUUAUGUAAAUAAGAGAAUCUAGGCUGCUGAAGGAAUUCCUACAGUGUAGAUGUUUGGGUGCGUCAUCAAUAAAACCUGUUCUUGGAAUAUA